AUGGGUAAAACUAUUAUUUUAUGUUUUGAUGGGACUUGUGAAAAUUUUGGUCCGGAUCCUUUUACCAAUGUAUUGAAAAUAUAUCGACUUUUGGAUACACGUUCUCAAUUAUGUUAUUAUCAGCCUGGUAUUGGUACUUCAGGUGACUUUGAUGCAGUUUAUACCUGGGCGAGAUAUCUUUCUUGGUCCAGACUGAAAAACGUUUUAGAUUCUAUGUUUGCCUUUUGUUUAGAUGACCAUAUUGUGUCAGCAUAUUUAUUUUUAAUGAGGCAUUAUGAGAUUAAUGAUCAAAUUUAUAUGUUUGGGUUUUCUCGUGGUGCAUUUAUAGCUAGAGUUCUGACUGGUAUGUUAGAAAGAGUAGGUCUUUUGAAUGUUGGGUUAGAAGAUAUGGUUCAUAUGGCAUGGCGGAUCUAUGAAAAUUGGGAAUUUGCUGAGCAACCUAUACAACCCAGUUAUAUGACAACUUUGAUUCAAGAGUUUACCAAGACUUUCUGCAGGGAUUAUCCGAUUAAAAUUUAUUUCCAAGGUUUAUUUGAUUCAGUUAACUCGGUUGGGCUAUGUAGAGAUAGAUUGUUUCCUUGUACACAGAGAUCAAAUAUUAUUAAACAUGUACGGCAUGCUGUCUCCUUGGAUGAAAGAAGAGGCAAAUUUAAACAAUUUUGUUUUACACCAAAUCCGUACGAACCAAUAUUAUUCUCCAAAAAAUAUAAGCCAUAUGAAAAGGAAAUUAUUAAAUCAGUUGUAGCUACUCCGAUUUUGAAAGCAAGUUUAUCAAGUAAUGAAAAACAGCCGUUAUUGAACAAUGAAGGUGAGUCUAAAAUAAAUCAGAAAAUUAGAAAAAAUCCACUGAUUGAGCUUACUUUAAAAUCUUCUAAAAGUAAUAGUUCAUUCAGUAGUUUGCAGAAUGUUAAUUUGAGCAAUGUGUGGACUCCUAUCACAGAGCAGACAGUAUUGAUAAAUCAAAUUAAUUCAUUCUUAUCACCAACUGAAUUAUUAACUUUUACCUCCAGAAAAGUUGUUUAUUCAAAUAAGAGUAUCAAAGGCUUAAAUGACAAAAACAGGGAAUACAAUAUUGAUAAUGAAAAUGACAAUCUUGGAAUAAUUAAAGUAUUAAAAUCACAAGAAGAAUUACCUUCUUCUUCAAUGAAUCUAUGGACCAUGGAAAAUAAUACAAGUAGCCAUUCUACAAUAUCCCCUGAUUUGAUAGAAAAAUGGUUCCCUGGAGAUCAUUCUGAUGUUGGUGGUGGUGGCGGGGUUUAUUCCGGUGAUGGACAAUGUAUCAGUAAUCUUUCUUUACGAUGGAUGAUAGCGGAGGCAAUUAAACAUGGAGUCAAAUUUAAACCUGGAUCGAUAAAUAGAUUUGCAGAAAGAUAUAGUUCAAAGAAUAGUCUCUUUUCAUGUCUGCAUGACUUUUUAGAUAUAAAAAACACAAAUAUCAUGGGUGGAGUUAAUAAGAGUUUUAAUCAAGGUUUGAUGAUUAGAGAUAUAAACGAUACGGUCAAUAAUUUACUGGAGAACGGAUUUGAGGAAGACCAUAAUUGUAAUGAUAAUUAUAAUAGCAGUCAGAGUGUGGCGAAUUGCUAUAAGAUUAAUACAUGGGUAUCAUUAUUUUGGUGGAUAUUAGAAUUUCUACCUAUUGGUAUAAGAGUGGAGGAUGAAGAAGGUAAGUGGAGAAAUCGAUAUGUACCGAACUUAGGUAGAUCUAGAUGUGUUCCAGAGUAUGGGGAAUUGCAUUGGUCAAUUAUAUGGAUAAUGAAAUUCAAUGAGGAUUAUCGACCUAAGAAUGUUCCAAGAUAUGUUAGAGAGGUGUUAUUUGAAAGACUUAAUAUUAAUUUAUUAAAUAUUAAGACUUUGGAUACUUUAAUAUUAGAUGAAAACGACAAAAAAGAUGAAUUGAUUGCAUUAAUAAAUGAUUGGAUAGUAAGAAAUUGGGAAAAUAUUCCAGAUGAUUUAUAUGAAGUGAUUAAAGAUGACCCAACAUUAUAA